AUGUCAGUUCUUUCUCUAAAGAGUAUUCACACCAGAGAAAAGACUUGUAAUUGUAGUGAAUAUGGUAAAGCUUCUAAUCAGUCUUCAGAACUUGUACAACAGCAAACUAUUCAAAAUUCACAGAAAGAAAACCAAUGUAAGAUACUUAGGAAAUUCUUUAGUACCUCAUUCAAUCUAAGUAGACAUAGGAAAAUUCAUGCAGGAAAGGCAUCUUUCAAAUGUACAGAAUGUGACACAACAUUUGUCCGUCACUCACUUCUUACUCAACAUCAGCUUACUCACACUUGAGAGAAAUGUUCUAAAUGUUCAGAAUGUGGCAAAGCCUUUAUUGCGAGUUCAAAUCUUAGUAAACAUCACCGAAUUCAUCUGGGGCAGAAGCGUUAUAAGUGUACAGAAUGUGGGAAGUCCUUCAUGAACAGUAGAGUUCUUACUAGACAUCAGCGAAUUCAUACUGGGGAGAGACCGUAUAAGUGUAUAGAAUGUGGCAAAGGCUUUAAUGACAAACCAAAACACACUAAACAUCUUCGAGUUCAUACUGGAGAGAAACCUUAUAAAUGUACAGAAUGUGGCAAAGCCUUUAAUCAGAAAUUCAAUCUUUCAACACAUCUGCGAGUUCAUACUGGAGAGAAACCGUAUAAAUGUACAGAAUGUGGCAAAGCCUUUAAUCAGAACGUCAAUCUUAUUGCAUAUCUGCGUGUUCAUACUGGAGAGAAACCAUAUAAAUGUACAGAAUGUGGAAAAGCCUUUAAUUAGAAAUCAAUUCCCACUACACAUCUGCGAGUGCAUACUAGAGAGAAACCGUAUAAAUGUACAGAAUGUGGCAAAGCCUUUAAUCAGAAAUCAAUUCUCACUACACAUCUGCGAGUUUAUACUGGAGAGAAACCUUAA